CUUCUUAGCGCUGUCCACUUCAGCACCAGGCAGGAUAACAGUCAGCUCGAACUUUGGAAUCCAGGACCACGAACAAAACCUUCACAAGAGGACGGCACCGCUCAGCGUCACACGGUGUCCGAAAUACAUAAACCAUCACCGCCGUCAGACGUCCAACAACUCCGUUAUUCACGAGAGAGAGAAGAACAAGAGCGUUGUGGCCAUGUACGAUGGGGCGAGGGUGCCUUCCCCCCAGGACAGUGUCAACGGUGUGCCCCCUGCUGCCGUGAACCUGGCAGGAACAGAUGCGGGGUCAGGCGGGUCAGCGUCAGUGCCCACCCCGGCCGUGCAGCCCAAGCCAGAAGAAGAGGAGGGGCCUGAGGUGGAAGAGGAGGAGCCCAGACCAGAGCCUGUCCUGGUGAAGAAGGCCCAUAGGGAGAUCCUAGACCACGAAAGGAAGAGGAGGGUGGAGCUGAAGUGCAUGGAGCUGCAGGAGAUGAUGGAGGAACAAGGGUACUCUGAGGAGGAGAUCAGGCAGAAGGUCGGCACCUUCAGACAGAUGCUGAUGGAGAAAGAGGGGGUAAUCACCAGAGAGGGAGCACAUACACGCCCACCGGUCAAACACAUGGUCCAUGGAGAGCAUGGGGAGGAGCAGACCGACCCAACCCUGGCUGAAGGUUACCAGGAGGACACAGACUGGCAUGGAGACUACUACGAUAAAGACGGUUAUAGAAUGAAGAGGAAAUCUAGCAGCUCUCCAUCUCCUCGACCAAAGAAGAGGAAGAAAAAGAAAUCUGGUCGCAGAAGGAGUCGGUUCGACAGCUCCUCUCCCUCCCGCAGAGAGAAGAAGAAGAAAAGUGGAAAGAAACACAAGCGAGACAGGUCGACGUCUGGUUCCAGGAGAAAGAGGAGAUACAGAUCCGGUAGCCCAAAGAACAAACAGAAAGACAAGAACAAAACCAGAAAGAGGUCCCCAGUAGAGUCCCCCAGUAGGAGGUCUCAACGUAGAGGCAGCUGCUGUAGCUCCCGCAGUGCAUCACACUCCUCCACAGGCCACAGCCCCUCCAAGUCCCCCAGCAGGCCCAACUCCAAGCACAAGACAGACGGACACAAGGCCUGUGUGAGCCCGUCCCCGUCUCCCGGUCCUGGCGGUCCUGACGGUCCUGUCGCGUGGCACAACGGGCACCACCACCAAGACCACGCCCGCAACGGCAAAGCCGGCAGACUCAACCACAACCACGUGGCCGAGGGCAACAAAGGGCAAGAUAAGCUGAGAAUGCUGACUGCUGCUACUCCGGGAGACCAGUCGACCAUGAUGCUGCCUCAGCUGAGAGGAGGAGAGUACAAGACCCACAAUGCCCUUUACAGGACCCCAGGAGGAGGUUCUGCAAUCCAGGCUGGACAGGCUGGAGAGGCCCUACACGGAGAGGAAAGGCAGUCGAUAGGGUCGUCGGGCAGACGGGGAGGUCACAGAGGUCACAGAGCUCAUGGGAAGAGCUCUCAUUCGCCAGCUCACAGCAGUGACUCCGCACACUCUCAACGUAACCUGCAUCCUCACAGAGGAAAAAGCUCUCACCGGAAGAAGACUAAAGGGGGCCACUCGUCCAAGCGGCACCACCAUGGGGUUCGGGGACAGGCCCAUCACCAGAGCCAGUCUGGCUCCCCGGGGCGGCACCGCCACACAUCCGGGUCAGGCAGGAAGAAGAGUGAGUCUCGGGGGCGCGGUGGCAUGGGGGUCCGACAGCGUAGCAGCUCCUGGAGCUCCGGACAUUCUUCAUCACGCUCCGGCUCCAGAGAGAGAGGCCCCAGCAAGGCCAAGUCCCCCCACCCCCAUGCCAGACAGAACAACUCCAGGGAGAGAGACAGCCCUCACCACUCUGAUGCUGACCGUGCUCGCCGUCGCUCCAGGAGCUAUUCUCCCAUCAGGAAGAGGAGACGAGACUCUCCCAGCUUCAUGGAGGCUCGCAGGAUCACCAGCGCUCGGAAGCGGCCUAUCCCAUACUACCGUCCAAGCCCCUCCUCCUCCAGCUCCAUGUCUAGCCCCUCCCACUCGGAGAGGAGUCGCAGCCAUGACAGCUACACCAGCUAUAGCCGCAGUCACAGCCGCACCAGGAGCCACAGCCGCUCCCGCAGCCGCAACCACAGCUACUACAGUCGCAGCAGUUACGAGAGCCCCGGCUUCUGAGGAGAGAGAGACAGAAAGAAAGGGCGAGGGAGAAAGAGAGCGAGCGAGGGGGUAGAUAGAGAGGGAAAAAGAGAGACAGAGAGAGAAAGACAAUAAAAAUCAUGUAAUGUAUUCGUAUGUCCCUGAAUGGUUCAAACACAGGGCCAGACCUCUGGUCCAUUUUUACCCUCAGUCUCCAUCUCUGUAUACUUCAUGUUAACCCGCAAGUAUGGGUAGCUGCUGCCCAUUAUGGCGACCGGAGUAUGGGCAUUGGGUGUAUAGAAAGCGAAUAAUCUAAUCGGGCAGAUUUGUUGCCACUCAAGACCGUUUUGCAUGGCUGAUUGGGCUGCACGAUGAGUCAACCAGUGCACCGGUGUUGUAUCAACAUGCCUGCUGACUUGAAGUGCUUCCUACUGGGUAUCAAGGUCGUGUCGCUGACGGUAUCUUACGUGGACAUUUUCUUCACACCGGUGCAGCCUUGACAAGAAAUAGCUAAUAUUGAUAACCAUCUAGAUGUCACCUUGAUGCAGUCUACUACUCAAUGGGAAGGGCAUGAACGUCAAGAACACCGCGACACCACUACCUAGUAGGCAAUAUCAGGGUGACAGUCACAGUAAGCACACGUGUACAACGCAUGAAGCAACAAUACACCCAUCAUCAAUACCUUUAAUCUAAAAUAAACAGUCGUCAGUUUUCUAACUGAAAGUGUACAAUUAUUUGUGUAAAACUAGCACUGAAAUACAACUCCGACUCAAGCAGAGGUCCAAACUCUCGCGGUAUGGUAGGUCAGUGUACGGCAGUAGCGUGGUAAGAAACGGUAACAACAACAAAAACGGCUCAGUCAAAACCUUCUAACCUACAGCAGAGUGAUUCCGACACACUCACUCCUUUCCACACGCCCACUACUUUCCUUUCGACACACCCACUCGCCCAUACUCCGGUCGCUUUAUUGCUACUCCUUUCUCUUAACCUGAGCCUGGAUCAAUGGAAGGAAGAGGGAGGUUUUUAAUAUUAUAGCACAUUAAUUUGAAAUAUCCAUUUUUUUUCCACAAGUGGGAGGGAAAAAAAUCGAUAUAUCAAAUGAAUGUGCUAUAAUAUUAAAAUGGAUGCAACACACUGGUAAUUAUUUAAAAUAACAUUCCCCGGAUCAUGGUUUUAGAAAAUAAAUGAUAAAGCCUAAAGAACAAGUCUGUAAGCACUUUCUCCAUAAUCUUCCACGAAGCAAAAGUAACCAGAAAAUAAGUUGUUAUUUUAUUUGAUAUAUUCUAACAUUGGGACACUUCAUGAAUUUGUGGAAGAAGAGGAAAAUAAGAGUCACAAAUGGAAAAUAAGUCAAAUGAAAUCAAACAGUACUGGGCCAUUUUUUCUCCAAUGUCAUUACAUCAUUUCCCCAAAGACACUAAUGCUCUAUUUUAGGAACUUGAGAGAUCAAGAGAAGCGAUAAAGAACAAAACAAAAGUCGGCUGACAAUUUAGCACACAGAAGGAAACUGGUGUAUGUUUUGUUUUAAAGGUUGUAGCAUAUAUGUCAGGAUAUAUAAAUGAUUCUAAACUGUAAGUUCUGGCUUGUAAACUAUGCACUGUAUAUUCCAUGUGAUUUUGAAGAGGCUUGUUAUUUGAUGGUGACUUAGUAUGAUGAUGCACCAGGAAGGAGGAAGAAUGCUGCUUGUACCAGAGAGCCCUGCUGGCUGCCACUAUAGGUCCCAGGGUGCAUCUGUCACGGACACUACAGCACUACAGGUCCCAGGGUGCAUAUGUCACUAAAGUACUACAACUCCCAGGGUGCAUCUGUCCUCACUCCGCCCAUUUUGAUCUGUAUUGUACGUGGCGUACCAGACCUGUAAUUACACACAGAGGCAAGAAGGGAUAUAAAAACCAAUGUAUUAUUAUGUACUUUUCCCUAUUCCACUAUUUAUUGUGUUCAAACUAUUAAAGUUGCAAUAUGUACAUUUUGGGGCGGCCUGACCAAAUACACAUAGAAAUGUGAGUUAUAGAUCUGUCAUUCGCAUUGAAAGCUUGUCUAAGAAGCAGUAGAUCUGUUCUAUGUGCGCUAUUUCUAUUAUUCCUGUUCUUAGGUUUCGUUUUUGCAUCUUUUACUUUCGGUUUUGUACACCAGCUUCAAACGGCUGAAAAUACAAUGUUUUGGGUUAUUGACAAUAUAUUUCACAGCGGUUUAGCUGGUACAAUGAUUCUCUACACUAUGCAUUGCGUGUUUUGUCACGUAAACUGAAAUUAGGCUAACUAUUAGAAUUUCUGCAUACUGCACCUUUAAUGUAAAUACUACUGUACCUCUUUUGCAAUGACCAAUGAGGUGAAGUCGCUCUGUAAAGAUGCUCUUUCUUAAGAUACUUCAGAAACCUUCUGCAAAAGCAUCCAUGUAUUCUUGUGGUUCUAUAUUUUAUCCACAGCUAUUUAUUAAAUUAUUUAUUCCAAUUAUCUAUUAAGUUAUUUAUUGUUUAUUUAUUUGAUAAUUUAUUUGUUUUGUCUCAUCAAAUGUUUUUAAAGCAAUUUGAAGAAUCGUGUCAUUGAGAUACUAAUAUAUCAUGGGAGAAUUGCUGCAAAUGUAUGUAUUCUCAUCUCUGAAUAUACAGUAUGUCCAUUGAUGUUUUAACCUAAAUCCUUUUUAUUUGUGAUGAAAGCUUCUGCUUCCUUUAAGAAUAGGGGAGUGAGCUGAGUUGGCGGUAGCUUGUUUCUAUGGCGGUGUUCCUUUACCUGAUGUAUUUUAUAAUGCUCUUACACAGGGUUCAUUACAGUACUGGAACAGUCCACAGAGACCAUGUAUUAAACGUUUGUGUUGAUGCAAUCUUUUAUUCUUCUGCCUGUCUGUUUUCUGGUGCAGGGGAUACAUAGUUAAAGUUACGUAGAGGGGCUGUUACUCUGCAGGGCUCCAAAGGUCCACUUCUACCAACUCCUUCUGUCCAAAACGUUGAUCAGGCCUGGAUUAUCUCCCUCCAGACAUAGACGGGUUGAUUGGGCUAGUUUGUUGUUGGUCUAAACAAUCACAUUGCCCCUGCUGUAACAGGCUGGCCCUAUCCCCUGCACCCUGCUUCUACCAGAGGUGUCCUAGUAACUGGCUCUGACCUGGCAUGAGGUCUCAGACAGAGGGUCAACUCAUUUUGCAAGCCGGUGGUCAGCUAAACUACGUACACAGCAAAUGCCCCUGCUUUCAAAACGCUUGAACCCAGACACAGGUAGUCCCACAAGAAGCCCAUCAUGUUCCCUGCCUCAGUUUAUUACUCUGUGCUGAUAGGACAGCUGCUGGUGAUAAUGCAAUCAGGGAACCCCUUCAGUCUUCCUUCCCAUUUGUCAUGCCUCCUGUUACUCAUGCAGUGUUACAUUAAAAAUGUAACCAGAGUUACUGUAACCUAGUAUGAUAUUAAACAAAACCUGUUCCGAUAUUAAGAGUACAGCGCUAAACCUUUGGAUUGUAUACAAGUCAUUUAGUUGUAGUGUAAAAGUUAUUAUACAGGACAAUAAAUAUAAACCAAUGAAAAAUGA